AUGAAAAAAAAAUACAAGACAAAGUUUCCGGUGGCUCGCAUCAAAAAGAUUAUGCAAAUGGACGAGGACGUGGGCAAGGUUGCCCAAGCGACACCGGUCUUGAUCUCGAAAGCCCUCGAAUUGUUUAUGCAGUCUCUGAUCGAUCAAGCGUGUCAAGAGACACGAGCUCGAAGCGCAAAACGAAUAACAGUGUCUCAUUUGUGA